AAACAACUUUUUAUCUUUUAUCCCACUUCUCACGGUUGUUUGACGUUGCUUUUCAAUAAAGCUUUUUUCUUUUCAAUCCCUUAUCCAUCGCCGGUUUUUUCUUUUUCUUCCUUCUCCAUCUAAAUUUUCUCGACAAAACCCGAAUCCGAAGAUAAAAUAUUGAAACUGAACGGAGAAUUUGUUCUGAUUUUGUGAAGUUCUGAAGAAAUUUCAAACGGAGAUAAAGAAAAAAUGGCCGAGCUUUUGACCAAGACGAGCUUGGUUUCUUCAUGGCAUGGAGAUACACAACAUCAUCAUAAUCCUAGGGUUUCUGUCGUUCCUAAGAGUUAUAGCUUCGGUUAUGGUUUGAAGAGAUUCCCUUCUUUGAAGAUGAAAUCACAGGUGCUCAGAUCUUCAACUCUGUCAUCUGAUUUUCAUGGCAAAAAGCUCCUAUUUCGUGUGAAUAGAUCAUCAUCGCCUAACAGGGUUAAUUCGCAGCUUCGACCUUCUAUAGUGUCUCAGAUGACUGGUAGAAUUGGUAAGGUUCAGAAAUGGUGGGAGAAAGGGAUUCAACCGAACAUGAGGGAAGUGACUUCCGCAGAGGACCUUGUGAAUUCACUAUUGAACGCAGGGGACAAGCUUGUUAUUGUUGAUUUCUUCAGUCCUGGUUGUGGUGGCUGCAAAGCCCUUCAUCCUAAGAUAUGUCAAUUGGCUGAGAUGAAUCCUGAUAUUCAGUUCCUUCAGGUGAACUAUGAGGAUCAUAGAUCCAUGUGUUAUAGCCUCAAUGUCCAUGUUCUUCCCUUCUUCCGCUUCUAUAGAGGAGCUGAAGGUCGUUUAUGCCAGUUUAGCUGUACCAAUGCUACGAUCAAGAAGUUUAGAGAUGCAUUAGCUAAACACACUCCAGAAAGAUGUAGCUUGGAGCCAACAAAAGGGUUAGAAGAGAAAGAACUUCUAGCACUUGCUGCCAACAAAGAACUCAACUUCACAUACACACCAAAACCAAAACCGAAACCAGUUCAACCUGCUGCACCCAGUUUAAAUCCCCUCCGUUUACCCUCAUUCAUAGCAAAGUCUGAUGUCUCCAAAGACAGAACCUUGGCCACUUCUGGGAGAUGAUAGAUGUGGGGCCAGUUUAAGCAAAAGAACCCCAUGUAACUUCAUCCCUUGUACAGUCUGUAAUAUAUAUAGCCUGUGAUAUUGAGAAUGAGGAUAAUCAUUGAAGAUGAGGGCACACAAUAGGUGUGUGAAUCCUCGAUGUAACUUCUUCAUCCUUUGUACAGUGUGUACUAUCUCCUUGUAAUAUUAUAGUAUGUGGGGUUGAGAAUGGGGAUAAUCAUUGAAGAUGAAGUCACAAUAGUGUGUGUAUUCCUCCAUGGGUCUUGGAUUUCUGUUUUUUUCGAAUCCAAGCCUUGUUGGAUGGUAUUAGAGGGAAGUUAGGGGAUUUUUUUUAUGCAUGUCUCCUCCAUGCUUUUGGUUAGGGGGUGGAGAUUAUAGGAUUAUUAUUAGUUUCCAUUUUCUUUCUUUGGUGUGUUUUAAGAAAGCUCUGAGUCAUAUUUAUGUAAGAUAAGAGUCAUUAUGUUAUUGAAUGAGAGUUUACUUUGCUGUUCUA